AUGGACGAGAAGCUCUACGCGUACGUCCUGGGGCGCACGCGCGAGGAGCCGUUGCUGCGGGACCUGAGGGUCGAGACGCACGAGCUGCGCGGGUCCCGGAUGCAGAUCUCCCCGGAGCAGGGCCAGUUCAUGCAGCAGAUCGUGCGGAUGACACGCGCGCGGCGCGCAAUCGAGGUGGGGGUGUUCACGGGCUACUCUGCGCUGUGCACAGCAAUGGCGCUGCCGGACGGCGGGGAGCUUGUGGCGUGCGACAACGACGCGGACACGAUGGAGAUCGCGAAGAAGUACUUCGAGAAGGCGGGAGUGGCCGCGAAGGUGCGCUGCGUGGUCGCCCCGGCCCUCGAGACACUCGCGGCGCUGUUGGGCGACGGGCAGGCCGGGACCUUCGACCUGGCGUUCAUCGAUGCGGACAAGAAGCGGUACAAGGACUACUACGAGCUCUGCCUCGAGCUCGUGCGCCCGGGCGGGCUCGUCGCCGUCGACAACGUGUUGUGGUACGGCCGCGUCGCGGACGAGGCCGACACCAAGGCGCCGACGCUCGCGAUCCGCGAGUUCAACGACUUCGCGGCCGCGGACCCGCGCGUCGACUUCACCAUCGUGCCCAUCGGCGACGGCGUCGCCAUGUGCCUCAAGCGCUGA